UUUCUCUCCUGCGUCGGUUGGCAACUACAGCGACCGUACCACAAUCACAAUCAGACUCAUCACCAAGGGAUACCUGUUUGCUCCGACCAUCAGACCUACCCGACUACCCAUCAAGCUUCAUAAGGUCGUCAUGAGUGGCUCUACCUCCUCAGCGCCCAAGACCGCUGGUAAGGCCAGAACCAAACAAGGAUCUCUUCUAGCAGCUGUUCAACUAGUUCCAGAUGGUGAUAAACCAUAUCGUCGCUCCAGGACGGGCUGUUUGACAUGCCGUAAAAGAAAGAAGAAAUGUCCGGAGCAGUACGAUGACAAUUCGUGCUUGAGAUGUAAGGCUGGAGGAUGGAAAUGCAUACGAGAAGAAGACGUUUCCGGCGGAUCGAGUAGGAGCCAAAUGACUGACUCGUCUCCUAAAGCUCGAGGCUCGCCAGCGACUCAGCAAAGGCAGCAGCAACAGCAGCUACAGGCACAUCAGCAUCAAAUACAACACCAUCAAGUCGCAGGAACGGGGCCGUCGCAAUUCCACCAACUCCACGAUGAGGUGCGGUCUCCUUCGGACGGAGCCAGCAGUGAACAGUCAACCGCCGCCGCAGCGACUGAAGCAUACCACAACAUGGAUGAAAACUCUCUGUCGAUGGCAGCGCAUGGUGCUCCUACCAAUCCUGACAACCUGGUUGGCAAUUAUCGCUCGAAUUUUUUGCCUGACGACAUAUGGAUGGACCAACCAUUGGAUGCAAUCCUCAGCGCCACUGCACCGACAUUUGACAUCUCUUUCUAUGGGUCCCUUGGUGACCCUAGUGCUCCAGAUCCUUUCCAUUUCACUCCUGCUCUUGACUUUGAUAUGGUCAACAACGGCUCUGGUAGUGGCCAUCGAGAUCCAACACUUUUCGACAACCUUCCGAGUGAACUUACACUAGAGCAUAUAUCAUCUGAAGAAGAGUUGUUGUACGACUUUUAUAACAGAUACGUCCUCCCUGCCUGGUCUCUCACUUAUCCCAGCAAAACACGCAAAGCCGUCAUUGCUCGCUAUUACGAAGUCACUAAUGCUCAUCGAGUGACCCAGCUCUGUAGAUUGGCCGUUGCUGCUGUCUACAUCACCCACCUUCGUCGAAGAGCUUCUUAUCAAGCUGGCUGGGUAGGGCACAGUGGGUUACCAAUGGAUUAUGUGCCAGAGAAGUACUUGUCACUGAAAGUGGAUGCGGAGGAGAUGGUGCGGGAGGCAAUGUUACUUGUGAGAUCACCCAAGGAUCUCAAUAUCACGAUGGAGGCUCACUUCUGGGCGCUGUCUGAUCUUCACAUGGCUGUUGGCUCAUUUUGCGAUUCAUCAAAAGCGUAUGCUAUCAUGGAUCUUGCCGAAGGACUGCUCGCUCUCACGUAUGGGCUACACCCCGAAGUUGAUUUCCUUUCUCUUAACAGCUAUAUCCCAUUCUAUCUCCGAGCAUUUGCCAUGAUCGACUUGAAUCGCAGUAUCUGUCAACGUCGUCGCACAUUCUUUGCGUUUCUGGAAACUCCGCAAAUGGGAGCGAGUGGUUUUCUGAAUGACGGCUCACAUGAUCAGUGGUUUGGCCUCCCAGCUGGCCUUGCUGUCUCUUUUGCUUCACUAAGCAACCUUGUUGCUCACAUACGUGAUCCAUCGUGCACUCUGUCUCCUAACGACAUAUCUUCCGCCUCGAAAAGAAUUGAAGCCAAUUUCAAAGCGUACCAAUCGCCAUUCGCGGUGCAUGACAUUUCUUUUGAUCGUCAUCCUAUUGCAUGGGCAGCCGAACUAUCAGUUGAAACAGAAAUCUGGCGACAUCUAGGGUUACUAUUGUUGUGGCGAUUGGUGGAUCAACAAUCAGUUUUAUCAACACCAAUGAGAGACACAGUUCACCUAGUUAUCAAUCUCCUCAAAUCGUUACAAUACGUUUCUACCCCUCGAGUGGAGAGUGAGAACAAUGUCAUUGACUUUUGGUCACUGAAUUAUACCACGCCAGCCUUUCUGAUUGGUACUCUACUCGUGGAUAGAGAUGAUCGUGCGUUUUGUAAGAGGUUCUUGGAGAGGCUGGGAGGAGAGAAGAAUCUUGAGGAUAUGAUUGUAGCAUUGGAAACUACAUGGGCAGCCACGGAUCGUUCGGGCCAAGUAGCAGAUUGGUUUGAAGAGUGCACCCGCUUGGAUCUGGCAGUGACUUUUUUCUGAGACUUAAAUAAUGAAAUAUGACAUAUUAUUGUAUCA